AUGAGCUCCCCCAUCUCUGCAGUCAAGAGGAGAGCAUGUGUGGCAUGCACCACAGCCAAGGCGAAGUGUACGCCGCAGGCUGCCAACCUGUGCCAGCGAUGCGCUCGUCUAGGCAAGUCAUGCACGUACCUUGACCUUCCGCAGACAAAGCGUAAGCAGAGGCAGAACGCCGCACCGAGCCGUGUAGAGCUUCUAGAGAAGAAAGUCGACCAGCUCAUGUCGCAGCUGGCGACCCUGACCCAACAACAGAACGGGCAGCCAUUAGUAUCGCCCGCCACCUCUACGAAUGACAGCCCACCCAUGAACACCAACAGAGAGUUGCGCUCAUCUUCCCAUGAAGCCUCUACACUAGAGAACCCAACAGACACAGAUAUAGCCGCGCUGCUAGAUGCAGCCAAAGACCCGUCCCACGGCCCCGAUCCGCCGACCAGCUCUGUUCUCGAGGACCGGCCAUCACUCGUAGAUCGGGGCCUCUUGAGUCCAGCUGAAACCGAACGUAUGCUCACAACCUUCAAAGCUGACUUUGUGCGCAAGUUCCCCUUUGUCUUGAUCCCGCAUGGCGAGACAGCCGCUCGACUCAGAGUUCGAGAGCCGUUUCUGUUUCUGUGCAUCGUGGCAGCGACGAUGGGCAGUGCGCAUCCUCUGCGCAGGACUGUCGCUGAGGAGGUCAUGACCCAUGUUACGUCGAGGAUCGUGGCACGAUCGGAGAGGAGUCUUGAGUUGCUUCGUGGAUUGUUGGUUCAUUGUGCGUGGUACUCGUAUCCUGCCGAGAAGUAUCAUCCGAGGCUUUUGCUGUUGGUUCAGCUUUGUACCUCGAUUCUGUAUGACUUGGGGCUGCAUAAAAGGAAUAGGCUGGGUGUGGAUGAGCAGCGCGCGCUGCUCGGGACGUAUUGGUUGUCUGUUGGGUUCUGUGGCACACUCGGCAGACCGAUUACUAUGAAGCACGAUGAUCGAAUAAAAGAGGCUGUUGAAUGUCUAGCAUCAUCCACUACCACCGAAUACACAUCAGAUCGCUGGAUCGCACCCUUGCUCAACCUACAGUCAUUCAUGGCAACAAUGGACGAAGUCUACGCUUCAAUGCAAGCAACCGGCGGAAGUGCCCUCGUGCAAAUCACGCGCGGCUCUCUACAGCGACAACUCGAUAGCAUACAGACAUGUAUAGCAAAGGAUCUCCCAAGCUGCCCUCCAUCAACAGCAACCGCAAUAUCCACCGAACUCAAGUACGCAGAAAUGCGUCUCGAGGAACCAUCUCUUCGCGAAGAUCUAUGGACAGCAGACCCCAUCAACGCCAUCCGAACCACCAUGCUAAUGACCCUCAUCCAACGAUGCAAGGAACUCAUACAAAUCAUUACGAGCCUCCCCGUAUCAGAGAUUCCCCAGUUGACAAUAAUAACUAAUGCCCGUAUCUGCGCCGCAGUGGGAUACAUUCCCACAGCCGUAUUGACACUUCUUAAUCUCAUAACUAGCACCUCCCCAACAACAAACCAAGACCACCAAACACAAAUCCAAUCCAUCAUCGACACAGCAGACUAUCCAAAUCUCGUCACCAAGCUAGCCACCGCACUGGAAACGAGAUUGCAAGAAAAGGGAAUACGAAUGUCCGCACAAGACAAAGAGAUGGAUGUUGUAGGAAGUCUCUGUUCGAAGAUGCGGUUGUUGGCGCGUUGUUAUCCUUAUCAGAUUAGGGGGGUUGUGGGACGAGAUAUAAGGCAGGAGAAUAGUGCAACCUCGUCAGCAUCUGGCGUGAUGACUGCAGGCCAACAGCAGGAUAGUAGUAUGGGUGUUGAGGGUGAAAUGUCUCAGGACUGGAUGCCAGGUAAUAGUAUCUACGGCGAUAUGGAGGCUAUGUUUCCCCUGGAUGAUAUUCAGUGGGAUUCGCUGUUGAGGGAUUUUACUACGGGGUUUGGGUAG